AUGACAACAGGUAGAUUCAUUACUGGUGGGCCUAUACUGGGUAUCUACCUUACAGUGACUAAAUCUGGAGUCUACACUUUGGCCCCUCAAGCUGCAGACAAGUUUUUCCUAUUUAAUCAGCUUUGGUAUCAGAGCCGAAAUCGUUCCUUCACCAUGCCGCCAAGGAGACGUCCUGAAGCCCGUGAUGCCCCGGUAGAGGAGGUACAUAGACGUGAUGAAGUCGCACAGCUACGUCAACAAGUGGAAUUAUUGACACGACAGAUCGCUGCGCUUAUGUCGCAGCAACCUGCGCCUACAGGCCAACAGCUUGAGGAUUCCGAUGAUGAGAAUCCAUUUGCACCGCUUGAACAACCAUUGGAUCUGCCAGUUCACCGGAGAAGGGGUGGUCAGGAGGACAACCGACGUUGGGAAUCAGGAUUUAAGGUGGAUAUUCCAGAAUUUCAUGGUGGGUUGAGUCCAGAGGAAUUCUUGGAUUGGGUGACUGCAGUGGAGGAGGUCUUGGAGUUUAAAGACGUUCCUGCCGAUAAAUGUGUGCCUUUCGUUGCAACGAGGCUUCGUGGGCGAGCAGCGGCGUGGUGGCAGCAGACUAAAGUGACAAGAUCCAGGUUGGGGAAACCUAAGCUUGCAUCGUGGGACAAAUUGAAGAAACAUAUGAAGAAACAAUUUCUGCCUUACAAUUAUGUGCGGACCAUAUACCAACAAUUGCAGAAUCUGCGUCAAGGUGGGAAAACGGUUAGUGACUAUACCACGGAUUUUUAUAUGUUGAUUUCGAGGAACGAGAUGAUGGAGACGGAGGAGCAGUUGGUGUCACGGUACGUGGGUGGUCUUCGUCCCCAAAUACAGGAUACCCUUAACAUGUUUGAUCUUGUGACAGUUUCUGAAACACAUCAGAGGGCAAUACAGAUAGAAAAGCAACAGUCCAGGAAAACUACUAGUCCUUUCAUUGCAGGGAGUUCUUCUAGUAACCCACAACAGCAGGUGGCACGUCCUAGUAAUCCUGCCCAAUCUGGUCCUCCUAGAACAAAUCCUGCCCAACAACCAACACGUCCUAGGGCUGGUAUUCGUUGUUUCGGAUGCGGAGUUAUAGGACACAGGCAGUCUGAGUGCCCAAAGAAUCCACGCAGGGGACUCUUUGUUGAUGAGGGAAAUGACGAUUAUGAAGGUCCGCCUGUAUUUGACGGUGAGGGCGGAGAAGAAGCAACAGAAGAGGAAGAGUUUGUGGUUGGUGAUGUGGGUCAGGCACUGGUGGUGAGGAGGAGUUUCCUGACUCCUUUGGAGAAUAACACUGAUUGGUUGCGUAAUAAUAUCUUUCAAUCAACAUGUACUGUUGGAGGGAAGGUGUGCAAAUUUGUCAUUGAUUCUGGUAGUUACGAGAAUGUGGUGGCUGAGGAGGUCGUUAGGAAGCUGGGUUUGCAGACUGAGAAACAUCCCAAACCUUACAAAUUAGCCUGGCUGAAAAGAGGCAAUGACGUAGAAGUGUCUCAACGUGCUAGGAUCAGCUUCUCCAUCGGACCUACCUACAAGGAUCAGGUCUUAUGUGAUGUAGUAGAGAUGGAUGCAUGUCAUUUACUAUUAGGGAGGCCAUGGCAGUUUGACAGGCACUCACUGCAUGAUGGAUAUACCAACACGUACAGCUUUCUAUUUGGGGGAAAGAAAAUUGUGUUAUUACCGGAUAAGGGUUCAGUACAGACAGUUGGGAACAAUGCUAAUUUACUGACCAGAAAGAAGUUCGAGACAGAGAUGGAGGAGUCUGGGGUAGUGUAUGUACUGAUUGGAAAGUCGGUUGACAGUGAGCAUGAAGUCCCUCUCGCAGUUCAGCCAUUGCUAGAGGAGUUUCAUGAAGUUUUCCCAGAAGAGCUUCCUGAUGGACUACCACCACUGCGGGAUAUUCAGCAUCAAAUUGACUUGGUGCCUGGAGCUACCCUACCUAACCGAGCGCAUUAUAGAAUGAGCCCCACUGAGCAUGAAGAGUUGUGCAGGCACAUCAGGGAGAGUCUUAGUCCUUGUGUUGUUCCUGCUCUUCUCACACCGAAGAAGGAUGGCACGUGGCGCAUGUGCGUGGAUAGUAGGGCAAUUAAUAAGAUUACGGUGCGUUACCGCUUUCCUAUUCCCCGCCUAGAUGACUUGUUGGAUCAGCUUACCGAGUCAUCUUUCCAAUUGAUUAAGCAGAAGUUGACUACUGCUCCAGUUUUGGUGCUGCUUGACUUUACCCAACCAUUUGAGCUGUAUUGUGAUGCUUCGAAAGUGGGUAUUGGUGGUGUGCUGAGUCAGAACAACCGCCCUGUUGCAUAUUUCAGUGAGAAGCUUUCUGGGUCAAAGUCUCGGUACAGUACUUAUGAUGUUGAGUUCUAUGCAAUAGUCCAGGCCGUUCGACAUUGGCGUCACUAUUUGUUCCAUAAGGAGUUCAUUUUGUAUACGGAUCAUGAUGACCUUAAACACCUUGGUACUCAGGAUAAGGUUUCUGCUCGACAUGCCUCUUGGAUUGCUUAUCUACAGCAAUUUACUUUUGUGAUCAAGCACAAGGCAGGUGCCCUUAACAAAAUUACGGAUGCGUUGAGUAGGCGCCAAACGCUCCUUACAGAAAUGCGAGUGGAGGUUCCAGGUUUUGACAGGGUGUGUGAUUUAUAUGCUACUGACCCAUACUUUUCCCAUGUUGUCCAGAAGUUGCAGGAGGGUGUGCAGUCGGAGUUUACAUGGGUUGACGGUUUUCUUUUUCAUGGAAAUCAGUUGUGUGUUCCAGAGGGCAGUUUGAGGUUGAAGAUCAUUCAAGAGUUGCACAAUGAGGGCCAUGUGGGUCGUGACCGAACAUUGCAGCUUGUUGCUGCUUCUUACUUUUGGCCAUCAUUGCGCAAGGAUGUCAACAAGUUUGUGGAGCGUUGUCGGGUUUGUCACUUGGCCAAGGGCAAGGCGACCAAUGCGGGCUUGUAUAUGCCCCUACCUAUCCCAACCCAGCCUUGGACAGAUGUGAGUAUGGAUUUCGUUGUGGGACUUCCCAGGACCCAGCGUGGUUUUGAUUCAAUCUUCGUAGUGGUUGAUCGGUUUUCAAAAAUGGUACAUUUCAUUCCCUGCAAGAAGACUACAGAUGCUGUCAAUGUAGCCUUAUUGUACUUUCGUGAAGUUUAUCGCCUUCAUGGACUGCCUACAUCUAUUGUGUCCGAUCGGGAUACUCGUUUCCUCAGCCACUUUUGGCGCAGCCUAUGGCGCUCUGUGAAUACACGGCUGGACUUCAGCAGUGCAUAUCAUCCUCAAACAGAUGGUCAAACAGAGGUUGUUAACCAUUCCUUAGCUGUCACUGAAUAUAAGCGUGCUGCAGAUCUCAAGCGCAGACAUGUUGAGUUUGAGGUAGGUGACUUUGUUUGGGCGGUGUUAACAAAGGAUCGUGUUCCUGCUCAUGAAUACAACAAGCUUACCGCGAAGAAGAUUGGUCCGUUGGAGGUCAUUGAGAAAAUCAAUCCAAAUGCUUACCGUUUAAAGCUGCCCAGCCAUAUUCGUACCUCCGACGUGUUCAAUAUCAAGCAUUUGGUGCCAUUUCAUGGUGAUAAUUCUGGUGAUGAUGAUGAAUCUCCUUUCCCGUCAAAUUCGAGGGCGAAUUUUUCCCACCCUGGGAGAAUGAUGAAGUGCACAAGGGAUUAG